CCCAACUUAUUGCACCGCUCCCUCCCUCUCUCUGCUUCUGCUCCCACCCUUGCUUGCUCGCCUCCCCUCCUCUUUUUUAUACUUGCUCCGGCUGGCUUGAUCCGCUCUCUGCUCCCACCCCACAUCCUCCUUUGAAGCUUCCCACGCCACGACCGGUGGUUGCCGCGCCCGCGACUGGCCGCUGGCGAUUGUGCGCUUUUAUGCUCCACGCAGCCCGCUUCUCGGUCUGACUGUUGCUAGCGGAGGGCUGCCAUGGAGGUCGACACGUCGUCCGCGGCGGCCAAGACCGGCGGCGCGCAGCCGCAGUUGCCGCCGCCCGGCCCGCCCGCCAAGAAGAAGCGUGCCCUCCCCGGCAUGCCAGAUCCCGACGCGGAGGUGAUCGCGCUGUCGCCCAAGACGCUGAUGGCGACGAACCGGUUCGUGUGCGAGAUCUGCAACAAGGGGUUCCAGCGGGACCAGAACCUGCAGCUGCACCGGCGGGGCCACAACCUGCCGUGGAAGCUCCGGCAGCGGAGCGGCAAGGAGGUGCGCAAGCGGGUGUACGUGUGCCCGGAGCCCAGCUGCGUGCACCACGACGCCUCCCGCGCCCUCGGUGACCUCACCGGCAUCAAGAAGCACUUCUGCCGCAAGCACGGCGAGAAGAAGUGGAAGUGCGAAAAGUGCUCCAAGAAGUACGCCGUGCAGUCCGACUGGAAGGCGCACACCAAGACCUGCGGCUCCCGCGAGUACCGCUGCGACUGCGGCACCCUCUUCUCCCGGAGGGACAGCUUCAUCACCCACCGCGCCUUCUGCGACGCGCUGGCAGAGGAGAGCGCCAAGGCGCGCGCGCCGCCGGCAGAGGACGCGAGCUCGGGCGCUGCUGGCCCGCUGGCUCUGCCGCCACUGCAGGCGCCUCUACCAGCAGCUCCGGCGCCACUGCAACAGCUGCCGCCGGCGCCCGCGCCGCAACAGCACGAGGAACAAGAGCGGGAGAUCGUCUCUGCCGCGCCUGAGCCCGUCGUCCAGUACACGCCGCCGGCGGCGCUGAUGCCGUCCCCGCCAUCGCUCAACGGCGCCAAUGUCAGUGCCAGCACCAGCAGCGUCUCGGCCACGUCGCAGAGCCUCCUUGGCAGCAUAUUCGCGCCGUCCUCCGUGGCCCAGGCGCCCCAGUACCCGGAGCGCGCACUGGCCGCCAAGCCGCCGUCGCUGUGCCUCGCGACCGACGCCGCGUCCGCCCAGUUCUCGGCCCCGGACGCUGACCGGCAGCAGCAGCUCGCGCCACCGCCGCCGUCGCCGUCCCCGUCGGCGCACAUGUCCGCCACGGCGCUGCUUCAGAAGGCGGCGCAGAUGGGCGCCACCUCGUCGAGCUCCUCGUUCCUGCGUGGCUUGGGCCUCGACAUCUCGUCGUCUUCGCCGGCGUCGACGUCGUCAGGUCAGCAGCAGCAUCACCAACACCACCAGCAGCACCAAGAAGCCAUGCAGAUGCCGUUCCCGGAUGGUAGUUCGCUGCAGCAAUGGCCGCCGCGGCUGGAGCCUGAGCCGGCCCCGAUGAUGUCGGCCGGGCUGGGCCUCGGGCUGCCGUACGACUCGACCGGCGGUCCCAUGGGGUUGCCGGAGCUCAUGAUGGGCCAGUCGACACUGUUCAGCGCCAAGCCGGCCACGCUGGACUUCCUGGGGCUUGGGAUGAGCCCCACGGGCGCGGCGACGAGCAGGGGCCUCCCCGUGUUCAUGCAGCCCAUGGGCGGCGCGGUCGGCAUGGCCCGGAGCGGCUCCGGCGCCGCGGAGACGUUCGGAUCCGGCCGGUCCGCUCAGCCCAAGCCGUGGGAGAGGAACCCGAGCAGCUCACCGAUCCUGUAACACGUAGCAAAGCAAGCCGUGGAUCGGCCGGCCAGGUCACGUUUAAUUAAUUAGCAGCAGCUAGUCCAUCGUCGUUCUUUUGUUUCUUAUUAGGUUACAAAUCAAUCAAGUACUACUACUAAGUUACUUUUGUUCGUCUGGGCUUGAGCUUAGUACGAAUCCCUGAAGUAAGUUUCUUCUGCCGUUCA